UUGCAAUCGAAAUAUUCAUCUUCGCUCCUUUUUUUCUUAGUUAUAGUUCUGAUUCAGAGCUCCUGGUCACCACUCUUGUAUAGGAAUUUACAAAAAGGAGAGAAAUAUGUUACUGUUCGAUGGAGGCCCACAUCAGCAACGAUGAGUGUUAGCUAUGACCAUCCCGCUCAGGUCAAGGGACUUGGAAGUUGCUCUCGAUCCAGAUGUGUUCACUUCUUCCUUGUCCUGUUGGGAGUUGUUAAAUUGGAUGAGUAG